AUGCAAUUGCAGGAGUGGCGCGCUUUGGACUUCAUCUCGGUACAUCCAGACUUCGACGCGGAGCACCUGCGGUCUGACCUCGGCAUGGUUCGUCUCGUCAGAGCGCUGCCGUUCCGAAGGCAAAUUCAGCCGGCGAAAUUGCCCGAAGCAGAACUGGACUUAAGUAGAGAACUUAGCGCAGGCCGAUUCUGCCACGCAGCCGGGUGGGGCUCGACGCGGCCGGUGUUCAGGAUUGACCCCCAGGCACAGACUGAUAAAUGGGUGUACUGCAGGCAUGUUGGACGGGUGGUUCUGCUGAAAGUACUGCAAAAAGUAGAGCUGCCUCUCAUCACAAUUGGAAGGUGCAUGGAGCUCUACGACGGAGAGCCCGGCUUGAUGUCAGCGGACGCCAACUUAUGCACACUCUCCAGCGAAGUGAAGGACGCCUGCAACGGGGACUCCGGGGGACCGCUCGUCUGCAUGGACUACUUGGUUGGCGUGGUUUCGUGGGGCCGCGGCUGCGCAGGCCCGUCCCGCCCGGGUGUGUACGCCCGUGUGGACACCAAUCUGCAGUGGAUGCGCGAGACUAUGGCCGAGGUUUCGCGCAACGCCACUUCCGGCUCAACAGGCGUCGCCGCCGCCGUCUUCUGCUGGCUGCCGGCCGCAGUUCCCCAUCUAGCCAGCUUAACAAUUUCCACAUAUCAUGCAGCAUUGAUCCAUCGAAGUAUUAUCCAGGAUAAUGUCUGGAAGGUAUAUGUUCUUGCACUAGGUGUGGUGCUGCUGCAGCUGUAUGCCUCUAGCCCACAGCCUGCCACUGCCCCCUUCCCCUCUGCCCCUGACAACAGCUCUGCUGGUGGUGGGAACAGGGAGAGGGCACCCCUGCAGGAAGCUAAGACAUGGCAUAGCGUAACUCUGGCUCAUACUUGUAAUGUAACUGUUACAACUCUGGUUAUGUUUUCUGAUCUGCAGGAGUUACGCAAUGUGAGUCAUAUAGUAGUACACCCCAACUUGACAGUGGCACGGGGGUAUCCAGACUUGGCGUUGGUGCGCAUUACGAGGCCACUGCCCUACAAGGAGCAGAUACAGCCGGUCAGUUUGCCAGCGGGCGGUGUGGACACUGAGUACGAUCUCCCCUCCGGCCGUCGAUGCUACGUCGCUGGUUGGGGCGUAACCGGCCCCGAAACCACUAACGCACGAACAGCAAUAGCUCUGGUGACAGGCCUGUGCGUGAUAGAGGAUCUCCUUUACACGCUGCCUCUGCUUCAGAAAGUAACGAUGCCACUGCUCUCCUUCAAAGACUGCGUCAAGAAGUACCCAUGGGCGAAAGACUUGUUGGUGGAGAAGGAGCACAUAUGCACUCUGUCUAUUGAGGGGAAGGACGCCUGCUCGGGGGACGCCGGUGGGCCGCUCGUCUGCGACGGGUUCAUGGUGGCGCUGGUGUCCACGGGUGUGGGUUGUGCAACGAAUACGAACCCAACUAUUUACUCGCGCACAGACACGCACAUGCACUGGAUUGUAAGAACAACUGAUUUAUUGAGGGCAAACAGCGUGUCUCGCCGACCAAAUACGACCGUGCUCCUCACGCUGACCAUGGCCCUCUCAAGGAUCUGCUAUGCGUCGUAA